AUGACUCCUCACGUUGCCAACGCAUUUUUCUUCUUUUCGUCUCUUUCUGGAAUUGGAAUUCAAAAUCAAGAUAGAAAAGAAAACCGAAUCGACAAUUUUUCGUUUCGGUUGGUCUCUUAUCUAUCAUUCCUCCAUUUCAGGAUGUUUCUGACUGUCUCAAUCAAUUCAUAUCUGCCCCCCCUCUCUCUCUCUGUAACCCUGUCUCUCUCUCUCUGUAACCCUGUCUCUCUCUCUCAGAUUGCUCUCUCUCUCUAUACCAGUCUCUCUCUCUCUCUAUAUAACCUUAUUGAAACAGAACUCUCUUUUCUCUCUCUCUCUUUUUUUUUCUCUCUCUGCUCAUUUCUCUCUCUCCCCUUUCUCUCUUCCUCAGAAUGGUCUCUCUAUUUUCUCUCUCUCUGUUUCUCCUCUCUCUCACUUCUCUCUCUCUCUGUUUCUCUCUCUAUAUCCCUCUCUCUCUCUAUCUCCCCAACCUCUGGAUUCUCUCUGUUUCUCUCUCUUUUUCUCUCUCUCUGUUUUUCUCUCUCAUUUUUUCUUUGGUCUUCCUCCUACUCCCUGAAUCUCUCUUUUUCUCUCUUUCUUUCUCUGUUUCUCUCUUUUUUUAUUCCUCUCUCUUUCUCUCCUCCUCUGGCCUCUUUCUCUCCUCCUCUGGCCUCUUUCUCUCCUCCUCUGGCCUCUUUCUCUCCUCCUCCCUUUCCCCUCCUCUCAGCCCUCUCUCCUCUUUCCCCCUUCUCUCCUCCUCCUCCUUUCCCCUCCCCAACUCCUCCUCCCCAGCCCCCUCCCCUUUCGCUCUCCUCCUUUCCCCUUCCUUUCCAGCUCCCUUUCGCCUUUUCCUUUUCGCUCCUCCUCCCUUUUCCCCUUUCAGUCUUCUUCCUUUCCCUCCUUUUUCCUCCUUUCGCUUUCUUUCCCUUUCCUUUCUUUUCCCUUUCGCUCUCUUUCCUUUCCUUUCUUUCACUUCGCUCUCUUUUUUUUCGCUCUCUUUCCCUUUCGCUCUCUUUCCCUUUCGCUCUCUUUCCCUUUCGCUCUCUUUCCCUUUCGCUCUCUUUCCCUUUCGCUCUCUUUCCCUUUCGCUCUCUUUCCCUUUCGCUCUCUUUCCCUUUCGCUCUCUUUCUUUCCCUUUCGCUCUCUUUCCCUUUCGCUCUUCGGUAUUCCUUGAUCGAGCAACCGGUACUGAAAGAGAAAACUCGUACUUUGCAAACUAUACUGGUUACUUAA